AUGAUCAAAAAACUUGGUGAAGGAGCAUUUGGCGAGGUUUAUUGUGGUGAAUAUUCAGAUUCAACUGGUCAUACACAUUUAGUGGCUAUAAAAACAAUGCAUGAUAAGGCUUCACGUGAAGCACGUCUUAAUUUUCUUAAGGAAGCACGAAUUAUGCGUAAAUUUGAUCAUCCAAAUAUUGUUCGCAUUUUUGGUAUUGUUGUUGAUCAAUCACCACUACUUAUAUUAAUGGAACUUUGUGAAGGUGGAUCAACACUAUCAUAUUUACGUAAGAAUCGUGGAAUGAUUUUACCACGAAUAAAAUUGCGAUUUAUAACAGAAAGUGCUUCAGGUUUAAAAUAUCUCGAGCAAAACAAUUGCAUUCAUAGAGAUAUAGCAGCUAGAAAUUGUUUACUAACACGAAAUCAUCAUAUUAAAAUAAGUGAUUUUGGUAUGUCCGAUGAAAAAACACCAAUUCAAGAUAAAAGUCUCGAUAAAGUACCAAUCAAGUGGUUAGCACCAGAAACAAUGCAAAAUCGAAUUUAUUCAAUCAAAACCGAUGUAUGGUCGUAUGGUGUUAUGGUAGAUAAAAACAAAAAUAACGAUGAAAAUUUGCAUGUUUGGGAAGUAUAUUCGGAAGGUUGUGAACCAUAUCCAUCAUUAUCAAAUAUUCAAACUAGAGCUAAAAUUAUCGUUCAAAAUUAUCGUAUGGAUAUGCCUCAGGGUACACCACCAGAAGUAACAUCACUUGUUAGCAAAUGUUGGGCUAAAGAUCCCAGCGAUCGGCCAACAUUUGCAAAAAUUCAUGAAGAAUUGCAAGGAUUAAGUGCUACAAUCACUGAAGCUACUACCAUAUCAACAAGAAGUGAAGCGGAAUGA